AUGGCUCUGCGCAACUUCGGAAAUGCGCUCCUCCAUGUGUCCUACAUCGCUGGCGCUAUCUGGAUAGGCGCCCAUGAACUGGCCCUCCACAACAUCACAGACAGCGACGUCUACAAGGGGCCGAUCGAGUCUCCUGUCGCUUAUCCCCUCGAUGCCCCUGUCGUCCCCUCGGUUGAACCCCUCCAGCAAUUCACUUCCAUUUCAACCAUCUUCGACGCUCCAACCAUUACCACGACCAUGACGGAGUACAUCACAGUCACUAGAGACAAUGGUCCAACCCCAGUGCCCACUUUCCACGAGCUAUCUUCUCGCAACCCCUAUGCAAACAACUCGUUUGUCCUGGGCGCCAUCCCCUAUGUCGUUCCAUUCUUCAAAAGCUCCUACGGCCAGGCUCUCACCCACAUCCUCAGCUCUCUUAGCACCCACCCCGUCACCAAAGCUAUCUAUCAAGCUACCGCCUCCCUCCUCAGUUUCCUCCUCUAUCUUUGGUCGAUCCUACCUGGAGGCAAGCAAGGUCUAAACACUUUGGUACUUGCACUAUUCCUCUAUGCACUCCAGUUCGCAUAUGUGUGGAACCCUCUGGCCAGAUGGUUCUCCAGAUUUUUCCGCCGUCGUGGCAACAAGUCACCUCCUUCUCAUGAUUCCGGUCCAUCUCCUCCUCCCUCACCUCCCUCUAGCGGACGCCCUGGUGGAGAUGAUAACGACUCUCGCCCAGCCAGCCCGAAGUCACCCAAGGAAACAUCAUCUACUGGAACCCAGACUACACCUGGCAGCACUCAAUCGGCCGAAACCCAGACCACAGAUCUUGUUACCGAAGGCGAGCGGAGUUGUCUGAAUGAGGUUGCACGUUUGCAAGCCCAGCUUGAAAUACUACGAAAAGAGGUCGCUCAAUCCAAUGCAGACAUUGGAACUCGAGAUAUCAUCAUCGCGGACCGCAACAUAACCAUUGAUCAGUACAAAAACGAACGCGAAUCCGAUGCUCAGGACCACAGGCGUGAGAUCGACAGAUUGCAGGCACAGAUUAAUGCCGCUGCCUCGAGCUCCGAAGCUGAGAGCGACGAGAUCAAGCGCUUCAAAGAGGCACACGAGGCACAGAUCAGGACCCUCCAAACAAACCAUGACUCCACGGUACAGAACCUCGAGUCAGAGGUCCAGAGACUCCAGACCGAGAACGACGAUCUCAGGCAUAACAAUGAACGCCUGCAGAAUGAAAAGAGCGCCCUGAGCCAGCAGAGCGAGAGCAGCUCCGGCACAGCUGAGAAUACCAACAGUGCCGAAGAGAGACAGAGACUCGAACACCAGGUCAGAGACUUGCAGGAGGAGGUCCGAUCUCUCACAGCAGCCCAGGAGCAACAGCAGAAACUCUCUCUUGAGGCACAGACUGAGCAAGAAACGGCCCUCGCAGACUCCAAGCACAUGGUCGAGGCUCUUGAGAGUACGAGGACCGGGCUCACCCAACAGAACGAGGCACUGCUCGAGCAGGAGAGAGCAGCCAGGCAGGCCGAGGAGAAGGCCAAGGCAGAUGCCGAGGCAUUGCAGAAGAAGGUUGACUCGCUUGAGCAUUCACACUCGCUCGCUAGAGCUGGCAAUGAAGCAGCCGCUGGAUCACAGCAAGAGAUUGCCGACGCGAGAAAGCGCGAGGGGGAACUGCAAGCUCGCGUCAACGACUUGCAGCAGAGACUCUCAGAGGCUGAAGCUGCCAGGAAUGCAGCCGUCAGACAGCAGCAAGACGAUGCCGCCACAGCACAGCGCCUGAGAGAGUCCGAAGAGCAGUUGACCAGGCGUAUAAGCAAUCUUGAGCAGGGUCUCUUGCAGGCUGAAAACGUCCACGCGGCUGAUUUAAAGCAGCAGCAGGAGAAGAACGAGGCUGCCGCAGUGCAAAAAGACGAGGCCCUGGAUACCCUCACGGCCGCCCUUCAGAAGGCCAACGAUGACAACAUCAACCUGCAACAUGAACUUUCAGAGGUCCAGGAGAAGAACCGAACAAUACUUGAGCAGGGUCAGGAGCUGCUGGAAGCGAAUCAAACAAUGCGUAAGCAGGGACAGGAGCUGCUGGAAGCCAAUGAAACGAUGCGUAAGCAGGGACAGGAUCUGCUAAAGGAGCAGCAGGAGCUGCAAACAGUUCGUGACCAGUACGCAGCCCUCAACGAGAGGUACGAGAAAGAGGGUGGCGCACUGCAAAGAGAUUAUGAAUCUCUGAAGCAGGCCUAUAACGAACAGGCCCAAAAGUGCGCGGACGAGAAGAGCGUUCUGGAAGCGCAAGCCCAGAAGAUACUCCAAUACGAGAAGCAGAAUUGUGAAGGCCUGCGCAAGAGCAUCAAAGACCUGAAAGCCACGGUCAACCAAAAGGAAGAAGAGAAUUCUCGAGCACGAGACAAGAUCUCAGCUCUGCAGAACGAAGUUAAGAUGCAGCGUUGGGCAAAUGAUAAUCUGAUUACUACAAACAACAACCUGGCAAAUCGAGAUGCGCCGAACUUGUCCGCAGCUGAUGCAGCCCAGAAUACCAACAAUACUCCAUCUCCCUCCAAGGAUACGCCGAUGGAGAAUACCAACCCAACUGUUCAACCGACUCCCUUCACCAACCCUCCUGUCUUCCUCCCACCUGGAGCAUCUCCCGUCAACUCAACCACGCAGUCACCCGGCGUUCGUAAAAUCCUUACAGCUCACGGCCCUCGCAGCAGAUCACCCAAGAAAGGUACCUAUGGUGAGUCUAAAGAUCCCGCCCAAGAAAUUUUAGACUGGUGUAAUGACAUCCCAGGCGAUAACACGACGUCUACAUCUGGACUUGCCAAUCUUCCUACGGAGACGCCUCGUAGCACUCCCGGACAAUCACCUGUGCGCCCCAUAUUCGACCUCCAGUCAUCUCGUCCUUCUGGUCUGAACGUCUUCGAGACUGUGAAUGGUCCUACUCGCCAGGUCAAUACUGAUUUCACCAAUGGGGCGCUCAGCAACGCUCCAGCCUUGCAACCCAACCACAACUUCGCUACUGGGGCUGCUGGACAUGCACAGAACCCUUCUGCACUAGGAACCCCUCUCGAUCCUGCUCUAGGCGGCACGGCUCCUUCGAUCACUUCAGGUGCUGCAAGUACUCCCAUGUUGACUCGCGAUCAGGAGCGUGCAAUACACAAUGCACGAGAUAUUGAGUUCCGACAACAACUCCAGCACGAGGAAAGGAAGAAAGAGAGCGAGCGAGCGUACAUGGAGAUCCUUCGUAAUGAGCUUGGUAAUUUCGAUGGUCAAUAUGAAGGCGAUGAUCCGCCAGACGCUGCGCAGACAUCCGCCACUAAUGGGAACGGAGACACAGAUAUGGCUGGGGCUCCGCCUAGCAGGUUGGUCGUGGGCUCGAGACAGGAGCACGACUAUCUGAGAAGUAUGCCCGACAACGAGAAUGGACGCCAUGAUGCAUUGUACAGACGCCAUAACUACAGAGCUCCUGAUACCCUCGAUGAAUUCGAAUCACCGAUAUACUACAGCGAUUUUGUACAGGGCUCGGAUGCAGAAAUCAGCUUCUUACAUUCUACAAUGCCAGCAAACCAGGACGGUCGCUUUGACGAUUUGUACAGAGGCAACAACUACAAGGUGCCUGAUUCCUGGGAUGAUUUCGACAAUCCUGUCUGGUACUAG